AUGGCUCAUAAGCUUGCCUUGCUUUUUGCCAUUGUUGUUUUACCAGCUAUUGUCUUGGCUAAGGACCAUGUAGUUGGAGAUGAGAAGGGGUGGACCAUCAACUUCGAUUACAAUUCAUGGGCUGAGGGCAAAGAAUUCAUUGUUGGAGACACACUAACAUUCAACUAUCCUCAAGGAGUUCACAACGUCGUGAAAGUGAAUGCCUCCGGCUUCGAAAACUGCAUCAAGGAGCCAAACAACGGCAUAAUGGAUUCCGGGUCCGACGAAAUUACCCUAGCUAGCCCUGGGAACAAGUGGUACAUUUGCGCCUUUGGGCAGCAUUGUGGCGUUGGUGGCCAAAAGCUGAAGAUCACAGUGUCUGAGAGGGCCUUGGCUCCAGGUGCCGAAGCUCAGCAAAACCGAACACUGUUAAUGGACUCACAGUUCUUUUCGGGGCCAUAUUCUUUGUAG